AUGAGGCUCAUCGAUGGAUCCAGCAAAGCUGAAGGCAGAGUGGAGGUCUUCUACGAUGGAUCCUGGGGAACUAUCUGUGAUAAUGGUUGGGAUCUACGAGACGCGAGGGUUGUCUGCAGAAUGCUGGGGUUCAAGGGAGCCUUGGACGCACCUACAUCGGCAAGGUUCGGUCAGGGAUCUGAGGAUAUACUUCUCGAUCUUGUCGGCUGUGAUGGAACUGAGGGGAAUCUAGCGGAAUCUUAUCCAAACUCUGUUGGAGUACGGCUCGUGGGUGGAUCUAACAGUUCUGAAGGCAGAGUGGAGAUCAUGUAUAACGGCACCUGGGGAACGGUCUGCGGCGAUGGCUGGGAUUUGAAAGAUGCAAAGGUCGUAUGCAGAAUGCUGGGAUUUGGCGACGCCUCAGCUGCACCAGGUUCAGCCAAGUUUGGCGAGGGGUCCGAUGAAAUCCUUCUGUCUCUUGUCGGGUGCGAUGGGACGGAAAACAACCUCGCAGAAUGCGCACAUCUAGGGUUCGGAGUGCACAACUGCCAUCAUGGAGAAGACGCUGGGGUCACGUGCCUCUUAGGAGUUCGACUUGUCGGUGGAGCCAAUAAAUAUGAAGGAACAGUUGAGAUACUACACGAAGGGUCUUGGGGGACUGUAUGCGACGAUUUAUGGGACAUAGACGACGCUAAGGUUGUGUGUCGACAGUUAGGAUUUGAUGGGGCUUUAGCUGCUCUACCCACAGCAAGAUUUGGCCAAGGUUCUGGUGAAGUCUUGCUCGAAGGUGUUCAGUGCAAUGGGACAGAAGCCAGCCUCAUAGACUGCAAUCAUAAAGGGAUAAGAGAACAUAAUUGCGGGCACAAAGAAGAUGCCGGCGUCUCAUGCAUGCGUGUUGCUCGUGAAGAUAUUACUGGAAGUUACGAUCCUGUCACUUCUGAUGUUACAAAACUUCCUACCAGCUAUCGGAUGUCAGCUACUGAUGUUCUGAUGCCAGCUGCUGACGCCACUACAGCAAGGGUGGUUUGCAGGAUGCUGGGGUUCGACGGUGCUCUAGACGCGCAACGAUCGGCUAGGUUCGGUCCGGGUUCCGGUGACAUUCUUUACAUCGACUGUUUUGGAUCAGAAGACAGCCUGUCAGACUGUUUAGCUUGGGUUGACUCUUCCUGUGAGCAUCACAUGGAUGUAGGUGCCGUGUGUUACUCAGGAGCCCACCCCGAGCCAUUUAAAGUUCGUCUUGUCGGUGGGUCUAACGAUGCUGAAGGCACAGUAGAAGUACUGUAUGAUGAAUCCUGGGGAACUAUCUGUCAUGAUGGCUGGGAUCUGAGAGAUGCGAGGUGGUUUGUAGAAUGCUGGGGUUUGGUGGAGCCUUGGACGCACCGGGAUCUGCUAGGUUUGGUCAGGGCUCUGGCCGCAUUCUUCUGA